GGGGUGCAGCUGGAAGGAUGCUACUGUCGCCCGUGAUGUGUCUAUCGCCGGUAGGACGUAAAUGGACUAUUGACGUCAAAAAGAGAAGAGGAUUUAGCAAGAUAGGCCUGUCGCCGUGAGCUCCAAAGAUGGCCAGGCUCGCCGACUACUUUUUAGUGGUCGGUUACGACCUCGACAAGCGAGUGGAGGGUGAAGGUCAAGGUCGCAUUCUCCAGCGGUUUCCUGAGAAAGACUGGGAGGACAGCCCGUUCCCACAAGGCAUAGAGCUGUUCUGUCAGCCCAGCGGUUGGCAGCUGGUUCCCGAGCGGCAGCCUGCAUCCUUCUUUGUAGCGGUUUUGACUGAUAUCAACUCCGAGCGUCACUACUGUGCCUGCUUCACCUUUUGGGAGGGCUUGGACAACUCACAGCUGCCGAAAGCCGAGACCAGCGAGGUGGACGAGGUGGAUGAGGAGCCGGCCGUCGUCCAAUCAGCUCAGGUCUUUGCCCCCAAGAGCCUGGUGCUGGUGUCUCGACUGGACUACACCGAAGUGUUCAGGAACUGUCUGGGUCUGAUCUACACCGUCCAUGUAGAUGGCCUGUCUGUCCCCUUGGAAACGGUGAUUGGAAAUCUCCUCACUUGUGUCAUCCCCAUUGCUGGAGGCUCCCAGCCGGGCCAGGAGGAGAGAGAGGAGAGUUUGAGGACUAUAACGUUAGGUGCUGGUGACCGGCAAGUUAUCCAGACCCCCAUCGAUGACUCGCUUCCUGUCAGUGGCAGCAGCGUGGCCCAGCUCUUCAGACAGCUCGGUAUCGUGAACGUGUUGUAUCUGUUCUGUGCCGCUCUGACGGAACAUAAGAUCCUGUUCCUGUCCAGCAGCUACCAGAGACUGACAGACGCCUGCCGAGGAUUGCUUGCCAUCAUGUUCCCCCUUAAAUACAGCUUCACCUACGUUCCCAUCCUGCCGGGGAAACUACUAGAGGUCCUGAGCACCCCCACUCCCUUCAUCAUCGGUGUCAAUUCAUUCUUUCGCUCGGAGACACAAGAAUUGUUGGACGUGAUCAUCGCCGACCUGGACGGCGGCACGGUGACCAUCCCCGAGUGCGUCCACAUCUCCCUGCUGCCUGAACCGCUCCUCCAGCAGACGCAGACCGCGCUGUCCAUGGUUUUGGAUCCAGAGCUGGAAAUCGCUGAUCAUGCCUUUGCCCCACCCUCCACACAACCCUCAGCACCUAAGAUCCAGGAUAAGGAGAUCCGGGCAGUUUUCCUGUGGCUGUUCGCCCGGCUCUUCCAGGGCUACCGCUGGUGUUUACACAUCAUCCGCAUUCACCCAGAACCAGUGAUUCGCUUCCACAAGGCGGCCUUCCUGUGUCAGAGGGCGCUGACGGAGGACGACUUCCUCAUGAAGGUGUUGGAUGGCAUGGCGUUUGCAGGCUUCGUGUCAGAGAGGGGGCCUCCUUACAGAGCCACUGACCUGUUUGAUGACCUGGUAGCCAAUCAUGUGGAGCGGAUACGACAAGAGGAGGCCUGUCCACACAAAGUCAUGAACCAUGUCAAGGAGCUGGCGGAGCAGCUCUUCAAAAAUGAGAAUCCUUACCCCUCUGUGGCGAUGCACAAAGUCCAGCGGCCGUCAGAACACAGCCAGAACACUGCACAGCAUCAGACGCCCUUCCCUGGGCUGGACGACGUCGCGGUGCAGCUCUUCAUCGACCACGCCGCCGCCAAGCUCAAAACUGCGCCUCCUGUUGUCAAGGCGGAGCUGAAGGGCAUGGUGCCAUCCGGACCCCCACUGGGAGACAUCGUGGACAGGAACGGCAACGUGAUGGCAAACAGCGCCCGCAGGUUGGAGGUGGUCAGGAACUGCAUCACGUACAUCUUUGAGAACAAGAUGCUGGAGGCCAAGAAGUUAAUGCCAGCUGUACUACGGGCAUUGAAGGGUCGGGCGGCCCGGGUUUGCUUGACCCAGGAGCUGAAUCAGCACGUCCUGCAGAACCGAGCUGUGCUGGAUGACCAGCAGUUUGACUACAUUGUCCGAAUGAUGAACUGCACCCUACAGGACUGCUCGCAUAUCGAUGAACACGGUAUUGCCGCUGCCCUCCUUCCACUGGUCACGGCCUUCUGCAGAAAACUGGGUGCAGGCAUCACACAGUUUGCCUACAGCUGCGUACAGGAGCACAUGGUGUGGACCACCAUGCAGUUCUGGGAGGCCAUGUUCUACAGCGAUGUCCAGAACCACAUCAGAGCUCUGUACCUCGAGACAGAGGAGGGAGAGCAGCAGAACCACUCUGAGCAGCAGGACGGGUCAGGCAGUGGGAGGGAAAUCAGCGCCUUGGAGCUGGCGUCGGAGCAGAACCGGCUGUGGCCGACGCUCAGCAAGGAAAUGCAGGCGGAGCGCGUGCAGAAGGAGGAGAGCACGGUGUUCAGCCAGGCCAUCCACUACGCCAACAGGAUGAGCUACCUGCUGCUGCCGCUGGACACCAGCAAGAACCGCCUCCUGAGGAGCUCCGGCCUCGGAGACGUGGAGAGCGUCAGCAACAGCUACGUCACCAACAGUAUUGCAGGCAGCAUGGCGGAAAGCUACGACACAGAGAGCGGCUUCGAAGACGCUGAGAGCUCAGACGUGGCUAACUCUGUGGUGCGCUUUAUUAACCGCUUCGUAGACAAAGUGUGCAAUGAGAGCGGCGUGACCAACGAGCACCUCAAGGCUCUCCACACCAUGAUACCAGAUAUUGUUCAGAUGCACAUCGAGACGUUAGAUGCAGUCCACAGGGAGAGCAAGAGACUGCCUCCGAUCCAAAAGCCUAAACUGCUGAGGCCAACACUAUUACCCGGUGAGGAGCUGGUGAUGGACGCCAUGCGGGUCCACCUGAUUUCCGACGGCCGCGAGGAGGCCACGGGUCUAAUGGGAGGUCCGCCUCUGCUCCCUGCUGAGGGCGCCAUCUUCCUCACCACCUACAGGCUCAUCUUCAAGGGGACACCCUCUGACCCACUGGUGGGUGAGCAGGUGGUGACUCGCUCGUUCCCCAUCGCCUCUCUGACCAAGGAGAAAAGAAUCUCUGUCACUUUACCAAUGGACCAGUUUGUCCAGGAGGGGCUGCAGCUCCGGUCCUGCACCUUCCAGCUGAUGAAGAUCGCGUUUGACGAGGUGGUCGCAUCAGACCUGGCAGAGGUUUUCAGGAAGCACAUGCACAAGCUGCGCUACCCUCAGCACGUCCAGGGCACCUUUGCCUUCACUGUGGGUCAGUGCGGGAAGUUGGUGGUGGAGCACAAGACCAAGGACAAGAACCAGUCGCUCAAGACACUUUCCAAAAACCUGGUGAAGAGCGCCAAGAGGACCAUCGGCCGGCAGUAUGUGACCAGGAAGAAGUAUUCUCCCCCCACCUGGGAGAACAGGAGCAGCUUCCAGUCAGAGCUGGAUGAGGAUGAAAUCUCAGUGUCAGAGGAAGUGGACCAGGGCUCCCUCACCCUCUCCUCCACCAUCCGUUCAUCCGACAGACAGACCAUGAGCAACGUGGUGGAGCGUGCCUGUUGCCGCGACUACCAGCGCCUGGGUCUGGGCACGCUCAGCAACAGCCUGACGCGUUCUAAGAACGAGCCUUUCAGGAUUUCAACCGUCAACCGCAUGUACACUGUCUGCAGGAGCUACCCCGGCCUGCUGAUUGUGCCUCAGAGCAUCCCAGACUCGACUAUCCAGAGGAUCUGCCGCUGCUACCGGCAGAAUCGCUUCCCUGUAGUUUGCUGGAGGAAUUCACGAACCAAGGCCGUCCUGCUGCGUUCUGCAGGCCUCCAUGCGAAGGGGGUGGUGGGCUUCUUCAAGUCCCCGAAUGCCCCUGCUGCAGUGCCCUCCCAGGCCGACUCCACCAGUCUGGAGCAGGAGAAAUACCUGCAGGCCAUCAUCAGCUCCAUGCCUUCUUACAGUGAGAGCAGCGGCAGAAACACACUCAGCGGCUUCACCUCUACUCACAUGAGCACCUCUGACUCCUCAGAUAAGCUGCGGCAGCCCAAGAUCGGCGCUCUGAUGAAGCAGGUGAUGGGCACCAAGGAGGAUGUUCCUGGAACCUUCAGCAGAGGAGCUCUGGGUCAAAGGGCGAAAGUCAUCUCCCUCUCUCAGCCCAAAGUGUCUGGCAAGGGCAGGAACCCUUCUAGAGGUAAAUGGGGCAGUAUCCGGGGCAGCGGGCGUCUAAGUACCUACAACCCAGAUGUGGGGACGCGUCUGGCGGGGAAAGAGUCUCCGCAGCCCAACGGAGGGCCGAGCGAAGCGCUGUUUCUCCGCCAGCACAAAGCCUACCUCUACAUCAUCGGAGACAAGGCCCAGCUCAAGGGCGGGAAGCAGGACUCAUUCCAGCAGUGGGAGGUGGUUCCCAUCGAGGUGUGUGACGUGCGGCAGGUGAAGAACAGCUUCAAGAAGCUGAUGAAAGCCUGCGUGCCGAGCUCCCCCACCUCUGACCCCAGCAUGAGCUUCCAGCGCUGCCUGGAGGAGUCAGAGUGGAUGGCUCUGCUGCACAGGGUGCUGCAGGUGUCUGUCCUGGUGGUGGAGCUUCUGGAUACGGGCUCGUCGGUCAUGGUCAGCCUGGAGGAUGGCUGGGACGUCACCACGCAGGUGGUCUCCCUGGUGCAGCUGCUGUCUGAUCCAUACUACCGAACUUUUGACGGCUUCCGGCUGCUGGUGGAGAAGGAGUGGCUGUCGUUCGGCCACAGAUUCAGCCACCGUGGAGCACAGACCCUGGGCAGCCAGAGCAGCGGCUUCACCCCCGUCUUCCUGCAGUUCCUCGACUGCGUGCACCAGAUCCACCUGCAGUUCCCCAUGGAGUUUGAGUUCAGUCAGUACUACCUGAAGUUCCUGGCCUACCACUACGUGUCCAACCGCUUCCGCACCUUCCUGCUCGACUCCGACUACGAACGCAUAGAGCUGGGAGUGCUGUAUGAGGAGAAAGGUGAGAGGAAGAGCCCCCAGGUGUGCAAGUCUGUGUGGGAUUACAUCGACAGACUCAACAAGAAAACCCCCAUCUUCUUCAACUACAUGUUCUCUCCUGAAGACGAGGAGGUGCUGCGGCCGUACACCUUCAUCUCCAACCUGAAGGUGUGGGACUUCUACAUGGAGGAGACUCUGUCAGAGGGGCCCUCCUAUGACUGGGAGCUGAGGGGCCGGCAGGAGCGCGUGGCGGAGGAGACGGCGGAGAAGCCCGACACCAGCGGGCCAAAAUCGCAGCGGCGCAUCGUGUGGCCGUGCUACGACAGCCUGAGCAAGGUGGUGCCCGACGCCAUCACCAAGCUGCUGCAGGACCUGCAGAGCCUGGAGGCUGAGCUCGGCCAGACGUCGGAGAAGUGGAAGGACACGUGGGACAAGAUCAAGACCACACAGAGAACUGAGACCAAACUGGAAAGCAAGCCGUCGUUCUCCAGCUCCUUGCUGAUGUCGUCCAACCUGAGCCACCAGCGCCGUUCCCAGGGCGUCUACCUGCAGGAGAGCGGCGUGGGGUCCUCCAUCAACCUGGCUCUGGACUGCGAGGCCAGCGCCACCUCCACGCCUGUCGCCGGUCGGCCCAGCACCAGCACGCUCUACAGCCAGUUCCAGAGCACCGAGAGCGAGAACAGGAGUUUCGAAGGCAUCCUGUUUAAGAAAGGCGCGUUGUUGAAACCAUGGAAACCACGGUGGUUUGUGCUGGACAAGACCAAGCAUCAGCUGAGAUACUACGAGAGCAGGCAGGACAAGGAGUGUAAAGGGGUGAUUGAGCUGGCUGACGUGGAGUCCGUCAUUCCGGGAACGCCUGCCAUGGGAGCACCGAAAAACAUCGACGAGAAAGCCUUCUUUGAUCUCAAGACGACCAAACGAGUGUACAACUUCUGCGCCCAGGACAGCCUGAACGCACAGCUGUGGAUGGACAGUGUUCAGAGCUGCCUGUCAGACGCCUGAGAGGGAGGCGGGGACUCUUAAAGGAGCAAUGCAAGUAGGAACGAGCGAGCGGUGCAGCGGCGCCUGACGGACAUCUCGACUGACCAAUCCCGGCGGAACAGGGAGGGGAAGGGGCCUUUCACCACUUAAGCUCUGCUCCGUUCGCUAGUGUUGAACUAAUAACCUUGCAUCACGAUGUUUCAGUGUUUUUGUUAUAAAAAAAAUAAGAAAAAAGAAAAAAAAAAACUAACUAAAAUGUCCCUGAAGAACCACUCGCUGUCAUCUCACCAAGUAGCUGCAGCCUCUCACCCACCCCCCCUCCGACAGUCUGACCACUAUGUGCGCUUCAUGUCAGUGUGCACAAAGACGAUGCAUAUGAAAGCAUGCAUUUCUGUGAGGCAUCCUGCAGCUCGGACCAGCAUGAAGAUCUUUCCAGACCCUCCACCUGUAAACCACAAACCCGCUGCCCCCCCGACUAACCCCGCUUGCCCUUUAUGACACUCCAGGAGGAAUGACGGAGGAGCUGCAGUCGCCCAGCUACAAACAGGAUCCGGAUCAAAAACACUGACUGGUGGGUCGACGGACCAAAACAACCCUGAGGACCACACGGGGGCGCUCUUCCCUCCCCUCCUCAGAGGUCUCUGCUCUCUUUGCCUCUCACUGCCUGAUGUAGCAGAAACAGGAAGCUGCGAGGGGAGGGCUCCUCAACGGUUCAUGAAGGAUUUCCCUUUUUUUUUUUUUUUUUCCCAAAAUCUCAAAUUUGUACCAGAAAGAGAUCAAUGGUCGUCGCCCGUGCUCAGCAGGCGACGGCGAUAUACUGUGAAAGCCAUGAAUCACUCGUAGAGAUCAAAGCAGGAGAGCCAGCCGGAGAUUGGAGUCUGUCAGGUAUAGAGUGCGGCGGUGAACUUUCACCGCGAGUGUUUACAAAGUAAACAAAUCCUCCCUCACUAAGCUAAACUCUGCUCUUCGCCUGUGCGUUUUUAACCCGUACGACCACGAUUAACAUUCAGAUUUUUAAGGGAUGCUGAAGGAAAAUGGAGGGAUUUAUUUUGUAGUGAUGUCUUAAAAACAAUCUAUAGAAGGAGAACUGGAAGGUAGAUUAAGAGGAGGGAUACUAAUGAACAGAGUGAUAUUAUGGGAUGCUUUGGAGAGACUACAGUUUUUAGAGGUGGACAUUGACUCGCCACAGUGCUCAAAGUGUCAGAAACUGGAUGUUUGUCGAAGGAAGAUUGAGGUGUUUUUCAACCUGGGUCUCCAGCUGUUGUGUGUACAGAUCAUUUCAAACGCUCGUCUCCAAGCCCGACUGAAAGCAAACGCAGAAAUGAGUCCCCUAGAUUAGCUCUUGUCGCUAACUGCAAGCUACUUUGGUAAACCCGGGCAACCAGCUGGUUCACUAGUUUAGCUGUGCAGUUAGCCAACAAGCAUAACACCGAGUCAUCUGCAGAAAUACCAAACAUUUCUUAUCAUUUCAAACACAUCUAGACGAACACCUCAGCUCAUCUGGAGUCAGGAAAGAAGAGUCGGGUUGGAAAACAGCCGAAUCUUCCUUUGGCGCUGCCGGGACAGGGAAAGUCAGCCAGACGUCUGAGAGCCGGUCACACACACAUACAGGCCUCCAUCACUUCGCUCGUACUCAGCAGCUGCUCAGACUCACUGUGCCUGUGUCUACAGACCCCCAGUGUUCGACCGACCGUCAGCGCUCAGGUCUACACCUGUUAGAGAGCUGUGGAGAAACAGCACGUUUCAAACAUCAAGUCACUUGGGUUUUUUUUUUUUUUUUUAUGUCAACGGUUUGUCAGACUGCCCACCCCCUCUCCCCUCCACACACACAAACCACUCUGACCCACACCUGUUAACACAAACCCUGCUAUGUAAAAUAAGGUUCUACUGCUGUCUUUGUUGAACAUAAAAUUUGAAAUUGUAGAUUUUUUUUUGUCUAAUAACUCCUUUGUAUAUACUACUCCAGAUUUGUAUGUAACGUUUAUGGUAGUAAUUUAUUUAACUUGUCUCCUCAGUAAGAAAGUUCCUCAAGCACCACUUUAUUUUUAAAUUAGGAAUUCAAUGUGCCAUUUGUUUAUUUCUGUAUUAAUGUGACUAAUGCUUUUUUUUUUUUUUUGGAAAAAUGUACAAGUAAACCCUCAAUGUCUUUUUUUUUGUAGUAAUCGUGGUUGUCCUUACUCGAUAGCAACCGUUAACGCGAGAGUGGAAAUGGUGUGUUAAUGGAAGAGGAAGCCUCUGGGCUGGUUUUUAAAGGCUGGUUGGAUUUUACUGUGUUGCUCACCUACAGUGGUGGGAUGUUCUGGACGGAGGUUACAGUCCCAAUAAACUUCACACAUAUGAAGUCUUCCUGGUGCUGGGUUCUGCUGACUGGCCGGCUGCUAGCUGAAUAAUGGACUCCUUUUGUGUUCACUGAAUAGUCAGUAUGAGAUGAAGCACAGAAACCUCCAUGAUUAACUGAAGGAUAUUAUGAAGGCAUUUAAAAUGUGAGGUGUAGUAGUUCAAGAUAUUAAUCAAAGAUGCCAAGCAUACUCAUAUUAUUUCAUAUAGUAAUAUUAGUUAUGUCGAUGAUUCUGGGGAUGUGGCGCAUUCACAAACCUUUAAGAGUAGCUUAAAAGCACGGUUUUGCUGCCCUCUCUGGUUGCACCUGUAACCACACCCAACAGUGAUGUCACAGUGUACUGACACAGCCCGGAGUACACGUCACAUCUGCAGCAAGGCUGUAACUAACCAGUAUGUUCUACAUUAUAUUUCUUUUAGUCAAAAAAAUGUCAGGAAAGUAAUGAACAGUGACCCACAUGACUGAUGUGUCAGUCCAGAAGUUAAGAAGAUAUUCAGUUUGCUAUCAUAAGACAAAGACAUGCAGACAAUAUUCACAUUUGAGAUGCUGGAACUAGAGAAUUUUGGGCAUUUUUGCUUGAAGGUAACACCUCUAACUGACGUUCAGCUGGUGUUAAGUUGCUCUUUAAGCUCAAUGGAAAGUCACAGGAUGAUCCUGAGACUGUUCCUGUGAAUCACUGACCCAAACUCCUCGACUCAACAUCUGUUCUGCCUCAGUACCCUGUACCCAGUUUACAACAAAUCAAACGUACAGUUCCCUGACAGCAGCAGCCUGAUUUCUUGUAUCAGUAAGCACGAUUUUAGACACGUCAGCAUCCACUAACAGUUUGCUGGAGGUCUGGUGACAAAGUAAAACUGCAUGAUCCCACGUCGUUAAGUUUAAGGUGACCUUGUACAUCUUAAAAUAAUCCCCCCCCCCCGAGGAACAGAUGGACCAAAGUGACAGCAGGAACGCUGCAGCAGCCAGAACCCGCCUGAGGGAAGACUCGGUGUGUCCUUGUGUUGAGACUGCAGUCUACAUCCAGUCAGACCCAGCUCAUCUUUUCACUCUACUUCACUCAUCUCUCUGGUAAUGCUCGACAACAGCUGCAUUAACCACAACAUGAUAUAAUCCUUUUUAUUUAUUUUUGCUCUUUUUUUAAUUAGAAAUGACUUUCUGAGCCGGGUUAUGUUGUCAAUCAUGUCAAUAUAGUUUUUAGAAUCCAAAUAAAAACUGUGGGUUUAAAUGUU